AUGUACUCCUCGCCCGAGGAAAUCAAGGCCGCCGUGGAUGCGUACCGCGCUCGUAUCGCGUCUCAUAACCGGGAUACUAUAGAAGUCGUCGUGCCAUUCGUUGCUGCCGCGCAACUUGAACAAGAGUCAGACCUAGACUCCGACGACGACGGGGAGGACAUGAACGACCUUCGCGUCGACAGUCUCGCCUCUCUGCUCAAUGACAGGAUCGCGCCCUACGUCUCAUCCCCAAACGACGUCCUCACGCGCUACGAAGAGCUUGUCCCCAUCCUAGGUCUCGACGGUGUCGGCACACACGAGCCAGACCUCCUGACCGACCCGGACUACGUGCUCCAGCGGGACACGUACUUCUCCCACCUAGAGCGCGCACUGAAGCAAAAGUGUCUCCCCGAGGUCUGCGACAUCAUCGCCGUCCCGGAGGAGUUCCGCACCCUGGCCGAGCACGCCCUCGUGCUGACCGGGCCGGGGCUGACCGAGGGCAGCAAAUCCCACCAGGCAAUGUUCUGGGUGGGUGUGCUCGACGAAGCCGAUGACGUGGCCGAGCUCGUUCUGGCGCCGGAGGGUAUGAGACCGCUUGAUGGGUGGGAAUGUGCCGCCGCGUGGCAGCCAGGAGGCGGGUUCGAGUGUCCGUUCAACGUCGUGUUUUGCCGGAGACGCGGGGAGGAGGCGGGGGGCAGACCGCAGCCGUGGGUUUGGAGGUAUAUGGUGUCGAGCAUGGAUGAGAGGACUGCUGUUUUCGACACUAACUAUUCCUGA